AUGUACUCAAAUGCAGUAAAACUCGGCGGGUUAAAUGACUACUUGAACCCUAGUGAGGAGUGUAUACUGCCAGUUAAAAAGAAUACCAGCAGUUAUGAAGUAAAGUUGAACCGGGAUGAGCAAAAGGGAGCGAAUAGACACCCUGGCAGUCAAAAGAGGGACUCCAGGGUGACUGUAGGACUUUCUGAUUGCCUCUCUUGCUCUGGAUGUCUGACCAGUUCCGAGGAAAUCUUGAUGAAGAAUGACCAUUUCGUGACGGUCAUUGAAAAGUUGAAAAAUGCAGAACAUGGCGUAGUAUCCAUAUCGCCUCAGACAGUUUAUGCAAUUGCUGCGUGCUAUGGGCUAGAUCCCGUGAUAGCUUUUGGAAAAUUAUCGCACUUGUUUAGAAUUUUGGGAGCCAAGAAUAUUUUUAGUAUGAACGUUGGAGAAAUGAUCGCAGUUCAUGAAAGCAAGGUGGAGUUUGUAAAUAAAUUUUUAAGUUCUUGUCCCGUCAAUUUGCAGGAGGAUUACAGAAAUGGCAAUCUUUUACCACAUGACUACGCACAAAAUUUUGGGGAUUUAAAAAAUGACAGGGUUCUUCCCAUAAUUUCAAAUCACUGCCCAGGAUGGACCUUGUAUGCUGAAAAAAUGCUGGACAUGCACUAUAUAGACCGGAUAAGUGCCGUUUCAUCUAGCCAACUUAUCCAGGGACUUGUUAUCAAGGCCCUCGCUCACACUGUACAAUUUUGUAAAAUUUUGGGUGAUACUGCAGAAUUAAUGUUAACGGAUUUUCCUGGUUUCCACAGGAUGGAUAAAGGUGAAUUGUCGAUUCUAGACACCAAAACCAUGAUGGAGACCGAAUGGAAGUAUAAGAACAUCUAUCACGUUUCCAUUGCACCCUGCUAUGACAAGAGGCUGGAAGCCCUUCGGCCACAAUAUGAACAUGAUUUUGAACGCUUAUUGAGAAAGGGCAGGGAAUCUACCGGAGAAGGUGAUGGUGCAAGGCAUACAAUUAAGCUUGUGGAUGACGUUUUAUCAACCAGUGAUGUGCAAGCCAUUUUGAACCAUCUCGGUCUAAAUUUUGAAGCUCUUUCCGAGGCUCCACUAGACGAAAUCUCAGACGGGCAUCUCAAGGCACUCUUGAAGAUUUUUCAGGAAAGCGGAACCCUCUCUGAGCAAAGUCUAGAGUUUUCCAAAGAUGCAAAUUUAUCCAUACUUGCAUCAAGGCAUGGGAAGAUUAACCUGUAUAGACCGAGCAAAAUAUAUUGUCAGUCUGGUGGAUUUGCAGAAGAGAUUUUUAAAUUUGCCGCCGAGAAUCUUUUUGGAAGACGUGUAGAUGAUGUAGAAUUUACAAGCACUAUCAAUCCAGAUUUUAAGGAAUGCAUUCUGAGGUCUGGCGACAUUAUACUCUUGCGUUUCAUCAUUGCAUACGGGUAUAGAAAUGUCCAAAAUGUAGUAAGGAUGCUCAAGGACUCAACAAACAUUAGCUACAUUGAGCUCAUGUCUUGUCCUGGAGGUUGUUUUAAUGGACCUGGGCAGGUCCUCCAGGUCCCUAAAAUUGAUAAAGGGGCAUUUAACGGGUUCCUUGCAAUUCCACCCAUUCUAUACUCUCUGGAAAUGGCAAAGAGACUAAGACUAUCCCUUUGGGAGCUCGUUGGUGGCGCAUUUUCAGAGGCACGUACCAAGGACAGUUUGUCUUCUAGAGUCCAGAAACAAGACUCUAACCCAUCCUUUCUCGCGCACUCGAUAUAUUUGGAAACUGCAGACUACACACCUACGCAGGACCUGGAGCUAAUGCCUCUCCUUCAGAGGCUCCUCGGCCACCUCAGACUCGCUGUUUCAGAGAAUGUCACAAGGACAAGACUCGAACCUCUAAAGGAUAAACAAGUAGAAACAAGCCAACAAUUAAAAUGGUAG